CAUAUAAAUACAAAUUGAUUUAAUACAUGUUUUAUUUGUCUUAGGUUAAUUCAGAACUUGAAUUUAAAACUAAUGUCCUUGUAGAAAAAAAUGAUUUGUCAACUGUUGCCAGUGUUAGUAUGGAUGACGUUAGCCUCGACGUCACCAAUGGCCAACAUACACAUUUAUUGGAGAAUGUUAAUUCAGAACUUGAAUUUAAAACUAAUGUCCUAGUAGAAAAAAAUGAUUUGUCAACUGUUGCCAGUGUUAGUAUGGAUGACGUUAGCCUCGACGUCAGCAAUGGCCAACAUACACAUUUAUUGGAGAAUGUUAAUUCAGAACUUGAAUUUAAAACUAAUGUCCUUGUAGAAAAAAAUGAUUUGUCAACUGUUGCCAGUGUUAGUAUGGAUGACGUUAGCCUCGACAUCAGCAAUGUCCAACAUAAUAUACAUUUAUUGGAGAAUGUAAGUACCAUAUUUUAUUUGAUAACAUAGAAUAUAAUAUUAAAGAAAACAUUGAAAUUGUACAUAGGCACUUCCA